AUCGAAUAAACUCCGACUUUUGUUCCAGCUCUAACACACCAGGGAAAAUAAAAAUCCUAAUAAUAAAGAAAAGAGUCAAUUUAGUGCAAUUACUUGCAAUAAAAUCCCAAAAUCCCAGCUAGAGUUAAGAUUGGCCUACCCAACGAAAAAGUAAAACUAGUUUAAAUCCCAUCGAAACAAAGGGAAAGCAAAAAGUAUCAAAAUGUCGGAAAUGCAAAUGGAUUGUGCUUUGGAUCUGAUGAGGAGGCUUCCGCCCCAGCAAAUUGAGAAGAACCUCAUUGAUCUGAUAGACUUGGCCCCUGAUCUAUGUGAGGAUUUGCUCUCGUCCGUGGAUCAGCCUUUGAAAAUAGCCAAGGACAAAGAACAUGGCAAGGAUUACCUGUUGUGUGAUUAUAACCGCGAUGGUGAUUCCUAUAGAUCGCCCUGGUCGAACUCUUACUAUCCACCAUUGGAGGAUGGCCAAAUGCCCUCGGAACGACUGCGAAAACUGGAGAUUGAGGCCAACUAUGCUUUCGAUCAGUACCGGGAAAUGUACUACGAAGGAGGAGUUUCCUCCGUGUAUCUAUGGGAUCUGGAUCAUGGUUUUGCCGCUGUCAUACUAAUCAAAAAGGCCGGAGAUGGCAGCAAGAUGAUUCGCGGAUGUUGGGACUCUAUUCAUGUGGUUGAAGUUCAAGAGAAAACCACAGGAAGGACAGCUCACUAUAAGCUGACGUCCACAGCAAUGUUGUGGCUGCAGACCAACAAACAAGGUUCAGGCACCAUGAACCUGGGUGGUUCCCUCACCCGCCAGCAAGAACAGGAUGCCAAUGUCAGUGAGUCCUCGCCGCACAUCGCCAACAUUGGCAAAAUGGUUGAGGAGAUGGAGAACAAAAUCAGGAACACCCUGAAUGAGAUCUACUUUGGCAAGACCAAGGAUAUUGUGAACGGAUUAAGAAGCACACAAUCGCUGGCCGAUCAGCGCCAGCAGGCGGCCAUGAAACAGGACCUCGCAGCAGCUAUCCUGCGACGCAAUGUCAAGCCCGAAUCGAACUGAGCACUGAGCGGCUAAAGGCUGAAUUUCCACAUAAACCAAGCCAGUCUACGGGGGGUCUCUAAGAUAAUACUGUUCUAUCUAAAAAUAGUAAUAAUAUGCGAAUUGAAAGGCACUGUUGGCCCUUAAAAGUUUAUUCAAAUGAAUUCAUUUUCAUAAUAUUUAGGCUGCAUCCACCCAAUUCCCAAUUACUUACUGUUCAUAUGACAGUUCAUAGGACUUUACGAAGACUGGACUCAAAGCAGACUAAAAAUAUUAAAUACGCAUUUCUAGGCAGUAAAUUUGUUACAUGAGAAAAUUGUUAAACCACGAGAAACAUAUUAAUGUAAAUUUGCCCGCCCGUUUUUCAACUGUCCUCCCAAUAUUGUUGCAAUUUAGAGAGUCGCGCUUCAUCCACAGUUCAGCCAAAAAUGCCAACUUCGCCGCCCUCAAGACAGUAUCCAUAAGUAUUUGUAUCUUAUUUGUAAUAAUAAUGCAUAUUUGCACCGAAGUCGAGGCAUUUGCGUUUCGUUCUUAAUCCUUCCGCGAAUAAAUAAUUUGUUUAUUAAUUGUGACUUUUGUGUUUGUGUGUACUCUAACCAUUAAGGAGAGCUCGAAGCAAAAAUAUUAACUGAAAUCGCUUUGUGAUUGUAUUAUCUGAGGAAAUGCACAUUACCUUUUCUUCUUUACUUAAUAUUUUUUUAACAAGAAAUUUGGAAGGCAAAGAGAAAUUUUAUACAAAGAGAAAACUAAUAAAUAUUGAAUUAUA